AGACUCUGUUACAAAAACUACUGGGAGAGACAAGAAUCAGCUCACAUACCAUUAAGGAAAUGGACCUACACAUCCAUCCGCACAAUUUCUGUCCCCCAGUGUCCUAUUCAGAGCUGUUGGGGUCUGACGCUUAUGCCCAAAGCUACGUGAGCAUGGCAUGGAAUAACCCAAGAUGGGGUGCCAGUCCAUCACAAGCCCGAUACAUCCAUCCAUCCAGUAUCUGUACCCCUGUGUCCUAUUCAGGGCCGCUGGGGUCUGAAGCUUAUUCCCGAAGCUACAUGUGUGUAGAGACAGACCCAGGAUGGUUUUCCGAUCCAGAGUGGGGUUCCGGCUCAGAAUUGAGUUCCGACCCAGAAUGGGAUACAACCCCAUCGCUGGCCAAAUACAUCAAGGGGAAAAUAGAGCAUAAUUUAUCUCCAGAAAGGAUCAUCAAUCUGUUCCACUGUCUGAUUGAGCUGGGUGACAAUUCUCUAGUAGAAAAAGUACAAAGAUACCUGAAUUCAGGAAACCUUUCAGCAAAAGACCUCUCACCUGCACAGUACUCAGCUCUGGCCUUUGUGAUGCUGAUGUCAAAUGAGGAGCUGGAUGUGUUUGAUCUGAAGAAAUACAUCAGAUCAGAUAAAGAGCACUGGAGGCUGCUGCCGGUGGUAAAGAAAUCCAGGACGGCUCUGCUGAAUAGGUGUGAUCUCAUAGAUCAACACUGUGAAGUGUUGAUUUCAGCUCUAAGAUCAAAUUCUUCCCCUCUGAGAGACCUGGACCUGAGCAACAAUGACCUGCAGGAUUCAGGAGUGAAGCUGCUCUCUACUGGACUGGGGGAUUCACACUGUAAACUGGAGAUACUGAGGCUGUCAGGCUGUAAAGUCACAGAAGAAGGCUGUUCUUCCCUGGCUUCAGCUUUGAGGUCAAAGCCCUCACUCCUGAGAGACCUGGACCUGAGCAACAAUGACUUGCAGGAUUCAGGAGUGAAGCUGCUCUCUACUGGACUUGGAGAUUCACACUGUAAACUGGAGAUACUGAGGCUGUCAGGCUGUAGAGUCACAGAAGAAGGCUGUUCUUCCCUGGCUUCAGCUUUGAGGUCAAAGCCCUCACACCUGAGAGACCUGGACCUGAGCAACAAUGACCUGCAGGAUUCAGGAACCAGUGGAGGGGAUGUGUAUCUGGGAGUAACUGACUGGGUGAAUCGUUGCAGCCCGAAAGCUGAGUAG